AUGACUACGAGCAAGGACACAACCAAGGUGCACAAACCCUGGACUGAAGUUGUUACAGAGAAACGGGCGCUUCGAGACGCGCGAAUUGACAAACACUUGAAAUCAGACAUAAAAUUUCCAUCUGAUGGAAUCUCCUUCGAAACGGUCGAUAUUGAUGUUUUGACAAGCCUCCUCAGAGAUAGAAAAGUCUCCGCUGUUGAAGUCAUCCAUGCUCACUCUAGAGCCUGCGAAGCGCAGAAACAGACCAAUUGCUUGACGGAAAUAUGCUUUGAUGAUGCCCUUGAGCAGGCUACACAGCUUGAUGAGUUUCAGCAAGAGCACGGUCAACUGAUGGGCCCACUCCACGGCGUUCCAGUCACGGUAAAGGAUCAGUUCAACAUCAGGGGUUUGGACUCGACAUUAGGCUAUGUCGCAAAGGCAUUUUCACCGGCCGAGAGCGAUGCACCCCUUGUACAGACAUUGAAGAAACUCGGGGCUGUCAUAAUCGCAAAAACGAAUCUCCCUCAGAGCAUCAUGUGGUGCGAAACUAACAACCCUCUUUGGGGGCUGACAACUCAUCCAGAAGAUCCAAAGCUCACUCCUGGAGGCUCUUCCGGUGGAGAGGCUGCUAUGCUAUUAAUGGGUGCCUCCAUUAUCGGCUGGGGCACAGACAUUGGUGGCUCUAUACGAAUUCCGUGCCACAUGAAUGGUCUUUGGGGUUUGAAGCCGAGUAGUGGUCGGUUAUCUUAUCGUGGUGUUGAAGUGACACUUGAAGGGCAACAGCACAUUCCAUCAGCUGUAGGGCCCAUGGCGAGAUCUCUGAGCUGUCUCAAACUCGUGACCAAGCUAGCGAUUGAGGCUGAACCUUGGGCGAUAGACCCCCAGCUGCCGCCGGUCCCAUGGAGAGACGGUAUCUUCCAGGCCACCUCGACGAGACCGCUUAGUGUGUUCAGAGACCUGGUCACAAAGUUGGAAGCUGCUGGCCAUGAGGUUAUAGAAUGGGAUUCGAGCUUGAACUCAAGCAUUAUAGAUAUCAUGGAUGGUUAUUAUUCCGCCGAUGGGGGUGAAGAUAUCCGAAGCGCUGUCUCAGCAGGCGGUGAACCAUUCAUCCCGCAGAUCCAAGCCUUUGUCAACCGCGGCGAGCCAAUCUCAGUCUUUGAGUACUGGCAACUCAACAAGCGAAAGAUUGCCAUCCAAGAGGCUUACCAUGAUAUGUGGGACAACAAACGAUCACCUACUAGCCGUCCUGUCGAUGUAUUACUAGUCCCCACCAUGCCUCAUACCGCAGUGCCUCACGGGUCUUGUCGCUGGACAGGGUAUACCAAGAUUUUCAACUUGCUAGAUUACACCGCCUUGACGUUCCCAGCGGGAAAGGCGCCCAGGGGUGAAAAUGAUGGGAGUUUCUGGGAGCAUGUCCCACGGAAUGAGGUCGAUGCCUGGAAUCAGCGGUUAUAUGAUCCUGUGACGAUGGGCGGGCGUCAUGUAGGCUUGCAGAUUGUUGGGCGAAGGUUUGAAGAGGAGAAGGUGCCCAUUGUGUUAAAACCGAAGUGUAUUUUCUAA